CUUACUUCAAAUAACACAGGGUGUCUGCAAAACAAUUCUUGCUUGCUUAGCGUUUUAGACAGGUAGUACGGUGGAAUUUUCUAUUUUGUUAAAUGUGGAGUGAAACAAUUUCAUGUUAAGAUUUUAUAGAGUGUCUAGGUAUGUGUGUCGGUCCUCGUCCUUGGUAAAGUUAUCGACUGCAGGUAAUUUGACAGCAUCAUGUCAUUCCAAACUGACCAGUUAUUCUAAACUUUGCAACAAUUUGUUGACAAGAAAGCCAACUCCCUGGACCACUCUGACACUAUUGAGACCCAAGAACUAUUGUGAAAUGGCAGAUAAUAGGUAUGUCAUUGGUUAUGCAAAACUCGGAACAUCAGGGUGUAAAGGAUGUAAGACCAAGAUUGAAAAGGGAUCUCUGAGGAUAGGGAAGGUGACAGCCAAUCCGUUCGGUGGAGAUGGAGACAUGAAACAAUGGUAUCACCCGAGCUGUAUCUUCAACACUUUCAAGCGAGCUCGAGCUACUACUAAGAAAAUAGAAGAACCUGAUGACGUGGAAGGGUUUUCAGAGAUUCUUCAAGAGGAUAAAGAUGAAAUAAACAAACUUAUUAAAGAACAUCUUUCAAAUGCGAAAACACCAAAUAAGAAAACGCCGAAAGCUGCAACCCCUCAAAAGACUUCUGCUUCUCCAGCUGCCGCCAAGUCUACCCCAUCUAAAUCUUAUGACGACGAUGAUGCUGUUGUGCCUUCCACAUCCUCAAAAGUGCCAGAUGAUAAUGGGGAGCGAGACGAUGCAUUCCGUGAAUUCCGACGACUCUGUGCUGAAAUAGCAGAUGAAAGUAGUUACAAUUCUAAGACUGCUUUAGUUGCAAAAUACCUCAAGAAAGGCGCUUCUGGAGAAGGCUACACUGGGGACACCUAUAUUCUACUGAAGCUCCUGCUACCCGGCGUUGUGAAGCGAGUAUACAACCUGAAUAACAAGCAACUUGUCAAGUUGUUUAGUCAGAUAUUUGGAACCAGUCUACAGGCUAUGGUGGCCGAUCUUGAUCAGGGAGAUGUAGCGGAGACAGUCAGGAUAUUUUUUGAAAAGAGCAAAAAUUUGGUGCCUGUAAAGAAAAGUACAUUGACUCUGCAACAGGUGGACUAUUUCUUAGAGGAGCUCUCUCUUGUAACAAAGGAAGAAGAUCAACAGAGGAUUCUCACAAAGAUAGCCAAACGGUGUACACUUAAUGACCUCAAGAUGAUGAUACGUCUUAUAAAACAUGACUUAAGGAUCAACGCUGGAGCGAAACACAUACUUGAAGGUUUAGACACCAAUGCCUACGCCGCAUUCCAGGCCUCGAGGGAUCUCCAUGAUGUUGUCGCUCGUGUCCGUCAAAACUUGGAGGAGGGCGGUGGUAAACCAGGAAUGGCCAAGAAACUGACCGUCAGAGCUAAUCUCAUGACGCCAGUCCUACCUAUGCUUGCUGAAGCAUGUCGGUCUGUUCAGUUUGCCAUGAAGAGGUGUCCUAAUGGUUUCUAUGCCGAGAUUAAGUAUGACGGGGAAAGAGUACAGCUGCAUAAGAAAGGAUCACAGUUCUCCUACUUCAGCCGGAGUCUUAAACCUGUACAACCUCAUAAGGUAGAUCACUUUAAGGAGCACAUUCCGAAAGCUUUUCCAUCCGCGGAUGAUAUAAUUCUGGACGCUGAGGUGUUACUGGUGGAUACGGCCACAGGAAAACCUCUCCCGUUCGGCACCCUGGGAGUUCACAAGAAAGCCCAAUUCUCUGAUGCCAAGGUCUGCCUGUUUGUGUUUGAUUGUCUUCACAUUAAUGGAGAGAACAUCAUGGACAAGCCUAUCAAGACUAGGAGGAAAAUCCUGCAUGAAAAUAUGACAGAGAUUGAACACCAUGUUAUGUUCUCAGAGAUGCAACAUAUCAAGGAGCCCGAUGACCUACAGGAUAUGAUGAACGAUGUGUUUAGACAGGGACUGGAGGGACUUGUUCUCAAGGACGUCAAUGGGAUCUAUGAGCCAGGAAAGAGACAUUGGUUGAAGAUAAAGAAGGACUACCUAGAACAGGGUACAAUGGCUGACUCUGCUGAUCUGGUGGUGUUAGGAGCUUACUUCGGAUCAGGAAACAAAGGUGGAAUCAUGUCUGUUUUCCUCUUUGGCGUUCACGAUCCUGAUAACGACCAGUGGUGUACGGUCACUAAAUGUCACAGCGGGCUGGACGACAAGACUCUAGACGAGCUCCAGACCAAGCUGGACAUGGUCAAAAUCAGUAAGGAUGCCAGGAAGAUUCCGGACUGGCUUAAUAUAAAAAAGCAAUUAGUCCCUGACUUUGUGAUCCGUGACCCUAAGAAGGCGCCGGUAUGGGAGAUAGCUGGAGCAGAGUUCACUCAGGCGGAGAUCCAUACUGCAGAUGGAAUCAGCAUCAGGUUUCCUCGCAUCACCAAAUUCCGCGAUGACAAAAGCUGGAAGGAGGCAACUAACCUCCCCAGGCUAAAGGAACUUUUCAAGAAGUCGAAGGAGACAUCAGAUCUGUUUCCAAGUAGUAAGAAAGGCAACUCUUCUGUGAAGCGGAAAGGUAGCCAGGACAGUGACGAUAACAACAGCAACAGUAAUGGUCAUCCCAAUGGUGGGGGGUCAGCUACCCCAGUCAAAGGUCGGGGGUCAGCAUCCUCUACCCCGGUCAAAGGUAAUGGGUCAGAAACACCCUCCAAGGCCUCACCUGGUAAGACUGGGACACUGGCAGGCUGGGUCAAAAGGGGUGAGAAAAGGUCAAGGUCAGAGGAUAGUGACGAAGCUUCAUCACCAAAGAAAAAAAUGGAAAUUUCUCCUUCAAAAAGGAAGGAUGAUGAAUCACCCAGUAAGAAGUCCUCCAAACCUCUGUGUAAAUACAGUAGUGACUGUUACCAAACCAACCCUGCACAUAUUGAGCAAUAUUACCAUCCUACUGACCACAAGCUGCCCAAGCCAGGGGAGAGAUUACCAAAUGUGUUUUCUGGAACAAAGAUAUUCCUGUCUGAAGACACAGACAAGUACAGACUGCUGAAGCGGUACAUUAUUGGAUUUGAUGGAGAUCUAGUGAAUGACUUUCAGAAGAAAACUGCAACACAUGUGAUUGUUAAACCAGGGCAGGCGGUGUUGACAUCUGGUUCCUGCGUCACGGUUGACUGGCUGUGGAACAGUAUCAAGAAGAAGAUGAAAAUGCCGUUGCAGAAGUUUCGUGUCACAUGAUCCAUAUCUAUAUACAUGUAUAUAUAUAUAUAUUUUUCAUAUUAAUUCAGAAUUUGUCAUUUGAUCAAGUAUUUGUAGCCUGAUCAAGUCUUUGACAUGACUUGAUGAGACAGGAACAAAUCAGCAUAGGAUGCAUAGUCUUAAACUUUGCUGUGUCGCCUUGAAAAGCUUUGAAUCCUGGCCCAUGACCUUGAAAAGUCCUUGAAGAUGUCAUUGAGUGUUUCCUAUAAAAUAUCAUGUAAUUAUAUGGAGACAAGUGAAUUGGACAUAUAAUCCAAUACUGGAAGAGCAGCUGUGAGUUCAAACCGUGAGUCAAAUUUAAAGGCGACAGUCCAAGAGUGGAUUGGAUUUUGUCGUAACUGAUGGGCCUCAUGAAAAUGAGCAAAUCUGAGCAGAAAUCACCUGUUUAUAGUGUCAGUGUCGACAGGCAUUGCAAAAAAUCAUCAUUUAAAUAUUUUCUAUUUUGUAUGAGAUGUCUCUGGAAUUUUUUUCUUAAUGAAAAAGAAAAAAGUAGAGAAAAGAUUAGUGAUAGAGAGAUCCAGUUAAGGUAAUUUGUUGUUGAGUACCAAGAUCCCUCUGGGAUCUCUUAUUUAUACUGUUGUGUACCGUUGUAAGGACAUGGAAGGAUAACGGGAUGUAUUGAUGAGAGGUAGUCUUAUAGUGUCGUUGCAGAAUUUACAAAAUAUGAGUUUAUUAUCUAUCGUUUACUCAGGAAAGAACUUCCUAAAUGCAAAUUCCUAUUUAUAACGAAGGAACAUUUUGAAAGUCACCAUUAAUAUUUUGUGCAAAUAAUAAUGUAUACAUAUAUUUAAAGUACAUUUGUCAUUAACAAGCAGAUUUUUAGUUGACCAUUUGAUUCAAAUCGCCCUUCAUCUGGGGUCCGUUGUCACUCCGUCCAUCAGUAAACAAUCCUUGUUAUCACUUAUUCACAAAACGUAGUCAUGGAUCUUUCUUGUGUUUCAUAUGUCAGUUUCCCUUGGCCCCAAGAUGUGCAUGUUUAAUUUUGAGACUGAUAUGAAAACAAGAUGGCCAACAGACAGCCAUUUGGAAUUUGACAGUUUGUUAUAGCUAUUUCUCAAAGAUAUUCUUGGAUCGUUCUUGAAUUUCAUAAGCAGGUUCCUCGUGUAUUAGUUGAAGGUGUUAUCUUUAUUUCACAGAGCGUUUUUGAUGGAUUUUUCUCAGAUUUCAUGUGUAGGUUCACCUCAUUUUCAAACGAUUGGGAGGAAGAUAUGAGAAAAGUAGGGAAAAGGACUGUCUAACGGAAACCCAAAAAGGUCAUUCGAUGUUGGGCGUCAAGGUCCCUCUGGGAAUUCUUGUGAUAAUUAUGCUUGGAUUUAUUUAUAAACAUGAAUGAGAUGCCUUGUAUGGGGAGUCAUAAAAUUGUACAGAUAAGUUCAGCAUGAUGAUGGCUAUGUAAUGAAACUGAGUUUUGUGGUUGUGUGCAUGUAAACAAAUCUAGUGUUUCUAUAAACCUGGAAACACCCUUUGUGAUAUAGCAGUUUACAUAUACAUUAAUUUGUAUGUUGUUUAUGUCUGGUCAUCGUUAUAAACAUCAUGUCUGGCAGCUAUAAAUGAAACCUACUGGUUUAUACUUGUCUUCUGUAUAAAGUGAAAAGUUCUUCAUGGGUAAAUUUUUUUCUCGGUUGAGGAACCAUAAAAAAUAUAUCAAAACACACUUAAUAUUAAACUUAAAUACUAUAUAACAAGGAAAGUUGGUAACAUGGAAAAGCUGUAUCUGGGACCAGUUCAAAAGGUGAACUAACUUUUUAUUUUCAUGAAACUGCAACGUUUCACACUCGUUGGUCUCUUUAUACCUGCCUACUCUUCAUAUCGGUCUAUUUUAAGGAAUACACACACUCAGGUUUUGAAGUAAAGGAGAAAUAUUCAAAUAUAUGUUUAUCAAUGACUUUUAUUGGCUGUGGGUUAAAGCCAGUAUAUCAAGCUUGUAUUCUCAGGAACAUAAAUAUCUACCAAAAUUGUCCCAAUAACCCAAUUAUUUUGUUUUCACAGAGGUAAACCCUCCCCCAUCCCAAACUAGUGUUCUUCGGAAAAUAUUGUACAUCUACACCAAAAAUGUCUGGAUAAUCUUGUUUUCCCACACAAUUCAGACAAUGAAGAUAGUAAAGGUAACUGAAUUGUACACUGUAGGUAUUAGGUAUAUUCAGUAGAUAUUUUGAUACAUUUUACCUGUAUAUACAUGUAUACUGUACUUUGUUACACCUAUAUAUUCCGUUAGUGUUUUUGUUGACCUAUACUGUAUUGUUUUCCUGUGUAUAUUUGUUACUUUUUAGUAAACUCUGUAUAUUGAGGCAAUAAUUUUCUUAUACCUUUUUUCAUUUUUUAUGUCACCUGAAAAAAAGUCUCCGAUGACCUAUGGAUGUUGCAUUUAUGCGGUGUGGUGUGUGUGUUACUACUUACAUUUCUUACUUUUUCUUUAAUAAAUAAGAUUUCCAGAAUCAUAUUUGCCCAUUACCAUGCCGGGGUGAAGGGCUACCAAAUUCGUUCAAAUGAAUGACCUUGACCUACCUUCAAAGUCACAGUGGUCAAAUUUAACACAUUUGACAAGAGCUCAAGUGACCGAUAAGGCCCAUUGGCCUCUGGUUUGUAAAAAGAUUCCAUAAGCAAAAUCAUGAUGUUUUUUAUAUCUGUAGGAACAAGUGAUUCAUUAUAAAGUAACUACCCGGUACAGUAAAUAUAUAAAAUACAGUGGGACUACUCCAUACACACAAUUUUACAAUGGGGCUCCUCCAUACCCAUUGGGCAAGUCGUCUAAAAAUAUUAGCAACAUUAUCUGCUUAUUAAUUUGUGGAUUUUACAAUAAAAUGGCAGAUUUAGAUACAG